AUGGCCUCUGAGACAUUCAACCUUGUCGAUGCGGGCGUCCGCGAUCUCAAGAGAGCCCUGGACGCGGGCGCCAUCACCAGCGUCCAAUUACUCACCAUGUACCUUCAAAGAAUCGCAAAAUACGACUGCAACGGCCCCGCCCUCAAUUCGAUCCCACUGCUGAACCCCAAGGUCUUUGAGGAGGCACAGGCAUCCGACGACUAUCGCGCCUCUGGUCAAAAGCCACGGCCUCUGGAAGGCAUUCCAUUCACAGUUAAAGAUAGCUUUAAAGUUAAGGGCAUGACCGUCGCAGCUGGGUCGCCUGCCUUUGCUGGUCUGAAUUCCACUGAUGACGCGAUGAUAGUUUCCUCCCUCCGCAAAGCAGGUGCUAUCGUUCUCGGCAAGACAAACAUGCCAGCGAUGGCGGACGGCGGUGGCCAGCGGGGUCUCUACGGCAGGUCAGAGAGCCCCUACAAUCCUGAAUACUCCACUACGGCAUAUGCCUCUGGGUCUUCAAAUGGUGCAGGGACGUCAACAACAGCGAGCUUUGCGGCCUUUGGCUUUGGUGGGGAGACUGUCUCGUCUGGUCGCUCACCCGCCUCUAAUAAUGCGCUCAUCGGAUACUCACCUUCAAGGGGUGUGAUCCCACUACGGGGGCAAUGGCCGCUUUAUCCUACGUGCGAUGUCAUUGUCCCCCUUGCGCGGUCGGUGAAAGACCUUGUGGAAAUCUUGAAUGUUAUUGUGGUGGAUGAUCCUAACCCUGCUGGUGAUUUCUGGAGAGGCCAGAGUGUCUGCCCUAUUCCACUCUCUUCGCAAAUCCGGCUUGCGAAUUACCAAAGCCUGGAGGACCCGCACUCACUUCAAGGAAAGAAGAUUGCAGUCCCCAUGCGUUACAUCGGAAAGCAGUCUCCUACAGCUCUCAAAGCCCCUGAUGCUCUUGCCGAUUCUGUCCACGACCUGUGGCUGAAGGCUCGGACUACCUUGGAGUCUCUGGGUGCAACGGUAGUUGAGACCGACUUCCCCUUAGUUGACAACUACGAGAAGAAGCUAUACCCUGGCCAGAGCGCUAACGUUCCCGGAAUGCCAGCCGAUUGGAUGAACAUCGAACGCUGCCGGAUGAUCGCAACUGGAUGGGACGAUUUCCUCCGCGCCAACGGCGACAAGUCUUACCCGAAUUUCACUGUCGCUAACCCAGACAUCAUCCACCCCCAUGUUGCUCCUAUGGACGAUCCGACCAUGCACACCGAGGUCGAAAAUCACGUCCGCUACGUCGAUAUGAUUGAAACUGUCCGACACCGUGAUGGCACCGUCUAUGACUUGCCAGGGUGCGUGGACGCUAUCAAGGCCCUCGAAGAAAUGCGGAAACGCGACUUGGAGGACUGGAUGGACUCGAAUGGUUUUGACAUGGUGGUCUUCCCGACCAACGGAGAUGUUGCCCGGGCAGAUUCCGAGGAGCUUCAUGAAUCGAUGUUGCACGCCCUGCAGGAAGGUAUCAAGUAUGCGAACGGCGGCCGCGCACUCAAGCAUUUGGGAGUCCCGGCAAUCACCGUCCCCAUGGGGAACAUGGCUGAUAAGGAGAUGCCGGUGGGUUUGACGUUCCUCGGCAAGGCCUACAGCGACAACGACCUCAUCCGUUACGCCUAUGCCUUUGAGCAAGGACGAAAAGGGCGCGUCACUCCACCACGGACUCCGGCGCUUCCCUCGGAUGUAAUCACCGUGCCGCCUCCGUCCUCCGACUCGUCGUCAGAGCUUAGAACUGUGCGUCCCGUCCUCAGGGUCGGGUCUUUUUCCACGACUCCACUCGACGCUCAGGGUCCAGACACCGAGGCACGAAGCAUCUCGAUUACUGGUACCUUCGAGUCUGCACACCCGAAGGUGAAGGCUGAGUCAAUGACGAUCUAUGUCAACGGAGAGGAGACGACUGUGCCGGUGUCAUUGACGGGUAACACGUGGAAGUGGGAGUCCAACGUUACUAAGACUAAGAAAGCCGAUAAAUACCCGACGCUUCAAAAGGUACCUAAGGACCAGUUCCUCAUCAUCGUUGUCGCAAAAGCUUCGAACGGACGUUCGGCUGGGUGGUUUUCGUUAUUUGAUUAG